UUGUAGGAGGAAUGUGUUUGGAGGUACUUUAUGUUGGUUCUGACUGUUGACUAUUAAUAAUGUUUUGCUUCACUGUGCAUGUGAAGGAUGAAUGGCUGACGGUUCCCUGUAAAGAUCCUUCUUAUAAUAUCCAAUGGCUGGGACAGGAAGCUCUGAGACGCUACAUGAAAGCUAAGGCAGAUGGUGGUGGCCUGGGGUGCACUGAAGAUGUCACGUUCUUAGUGAAGCGCUGUCAAGGGCAGAGUUUGUUGGAUCUUAAUGAUGCAAUUAAAGAUGUCUUGCAAGAUAAAGACUUCAUCCAGAUUGUUAUCCAAGGGCAAGAAGUUGAAUUUGAUCCACUGACUGACCACUUUGCCUCCCUUAAAUGCAGAAUGCUUCAAUAUUCUCAGCAGUACAUUUAUGUGGAUGGAAAUAGCUUAUCAACACAACAACUUGUUCAACUUGGCAAGGGGACUUAUAAAAUCAAGCUUACCACUGAGAGUGAAAGAAGAGUCAACAGAUCAAGAGAGCUGGUGGAAAGAAUCAUCACUGAAGAGCAAGUUGUGUACGGAAUAAACACAGGCUUUGGGAAGUUUGCCAGAACUGUUAUCGCCCCAGAUAAACUUGUGGAACUGCAGGAGAAUGUUAUACACUCCACUGCGGUCGGUGUGGGUGAGCCCUUGUCACCGGAGAGGUGCCGAAUGCUUCUGGCUCUCAGGAUCAAUGUCCUUGCCAAGGGUUACAGUGGAAUCUCCUUGGAGACCCUCCGUCAGCUGAUUGAGGCAUUUAAUGCUUCCUGCCUCUCCUAUGUCCCAGAGAAGGGAACCGUUGGGGCCAGUGGGGACCUUGCUCCCCUUGCCCACCUUGCCCUUGGACUGAUGGGUGAAGGGAAAAUGUGGUCGCCAAAAAGUGGCUGGGCUGACGCUAAGUAUGUUUUACAAGCUCAUGGGCUUCAACCAAUUUCACUAAAAGCUAAAGAGGUAAUAAAGAAGGGCUUUCAUCAACAAUUUGGACUGUCGCUGAUCAACGGGACACAGAUGAUCACCUCGCUGGGUGCAGAGGCGGUGGAGAGAGCGACGGCAAUAGCCCGGCAGGCUGACAUUAUUGCAGCUCUUACACUGGAGGUUCUCAAAGGCACCACUAGAGCCUUCGACAGUGGUAUGCACAAGCUGCGGCCUCACCACGGACAGAUGGAAGUGGCUACUCGAAUGCGGUCAGUCUUGGAUUCCGAUGUUCAUGCGUCUGAAAUCUCAGAGAGCCACCGGUUGUGUGAUCAAGUACAGGAUGCCUAUACACUCCGGUGUUGUCCACAGGUGCAUGGGCUGGUCAAUGACACAAUUGCUUUUGUGAGGGGUAUUCUGGAGACUGAAAUGAACAGCGUAACCGAUAACCCUAUUGUAUUUGCAGAGAGAGGGGAAAUUAUUUCAGGUGGGAAUUUCCAUGGUGAAUAUCCUGCUAAAGCUCUCGACUAUCUGGCGAUCGGUGUUCAUGAGCUAGCUUCCAUCAGUGAGAGGAGAAUUGAGAGGCUGUGUAAUCCGUCACUGAGCGAACUGCCCGCCUUCCUGGUAAAAGAGGGUGGACUUAACUGUGGCUUCAUGAUGGCCCAUUGCACAGCAGCUGCAUUAGUCUCUGAGAACAAGGUCUUGUGCCACCCAUCGUCUGUUGACUCGCUGUCCACCAGUGCUGCCACUGAAGACCACGUCUCUAUGGGGGGAUGGUCCGCCAGGAAGGCACUGAAAGUCAUCGAGCACGUGGAGCAAGUGCUUGCUAUCGAACUUCUUGCAGCCUGUCAGGGCCUAGAGUUUGUGCGCCCCCUGCACACAACAGAACCUUUGGAAAAAGUCUACCAGCUGGUUCGCUCAGUGGUGAAACCCUUGGUUAAAGACCGCUUUAUGGCUCCAGACAUCGAGGUUGUUCAGAGGCUGCUGACGGAAGAACAGGUUUGGAGAGCUGUACAGCCAUACAUGGAACAUUACAGACAAGCACAUGCACCAGAAUAGUCGUCGGCCAUGUGACAGCAGCCCAACAGAAAAUGGGUAUUUUGUUGGGCCAAUGUGAGCAGAAAUGUAAAGAAAUUUGAAGGUGAAAUAUUGACCCUCCACCUCAACACUAGAGAAAAGAAGUAAAAAAAACAAGGUUGUUCACCUGUUUGUCAUGUCUUCACACAGAAGUUAAUUAACCUGGCAACUCAUUUGAAAUGAUUCCUGAAUUUCAAAAUUGGAUACAGCAUAUUAAAGGCAUAGUCUUGGGCUGUGGGCAUCACUAACCUUGGGGAGUCAUUGACUUAGUACUGAGGAGUCACUUCUCUUUAGAGCUGAGUACCAUUCAUUGAAUGUCAUAGAGCCAUACAGCAUGGAAACAGGCCUUUUGUCUCAACAGGUCCACGCUGACAAAGCUAGUCUUGUUUGCCUAUAUCUCUAAAUCUUUCCUAUCCAUGUACCUGUCCAAGUUUUUUAUUCGAUGCUGUUGAUGUGCCUGGCUCAUUGCUUCCUCUGGCAGUUGUUCCAUACACUGACCACUCUCUGGUGAAAGCAUUGCCACUCGGGUUCCUGUUAAAUUUCUCCCCUCUCACUUUACCCUUGUCCUAUAAUUCUUGAUUCUCCAACCAUGGGAAAAAGACUGCAUGCAUUUAUCCUAUCUAGGACCCUCAUGAUUUUUAACACCUCUUAUAAUCAUUAAUCCCACUGAAUUAAGUCCCAAACUGCUCAACCUCUUUCCGUAACUAAGUCCCUUGAGACCUGAUUACAUCCUCUGCACUCAUUAUAGCUUAAUGCUAUCUUUCCUGGAGAUCUGUGAUCAGUUUCAGGGUCAGACCAUUCAUUGUCAAAGUCCUGCCGUGAUUUAUGUUCCCAAAAUACAACACCUUGUGGCGGCCUGCACAUGUGGGACUCGAACCACCAUCGGGAGCCACGGGCAGACAGGUGGUAGCGCGUUUGGAACUACCUGCUUGGGGCAGACCUUCCGGGGACAGUCUGAUGUCAGGUUGCAGGGGAGGGGAGAUUUAAGCACGUGAUUUUGAAUCAAUAAAGGCAUUCUGAGUUCA